AGGCGCCUGCUGCGUUGCAUAGUCAACUCUGUCUUCAAAAAGCGAGUCCAUCCAAUCCACGUGCAGAACCAUGGCGAGAUCGAAUCAAGCGGAGCGGAGCAUCACCAUGGCGCUGCGGCUGCUGCCGCUUCCCCUUCUCCUCCUCUUCGUUCUGCGGCCGCAGGGCUGCGUAGCCAGCGGCGAUGGAGGAGGGGAGCCGGCGGAGUUCGAGAUCCCUCGGGACGGGAGCGUGCUGGAGCUGGAUGAGAGCAACUUCGAGGCGGCGGUGCGCGCCGCCGAUUUCCUCUUCGUCGACUUCUACGCCCCCUGGUGCGGCCACUGCAAGCGCCUCGCCCCGCAGUUGGACGAGGCUGCUCCGGUGCUGGCUGGACUGAGCACACCCAUCGUAGUUGCUAAAGUAAAUGCCGACAAGUACAGGAAGCUCGGAUCCAAAUAUGGAGUAGAUGGGUUCCCCACUCUGAUGCUUUUUGACCAUGGAGUACCCUCGGAGUACACGGGUUCAAGGAACGCCGAUUUGCUUGUUCAGAACCUGAAGAAGUUUGUUGCCCCUGACGUUUCUGUCCUUGAGUCAGACUCAGCGAUCAAAGGCUUUGUUGAGGCUGCUGACAUCAGUUUUCCAUUGUUUAUCGGGUUUGGGGUGGAUGAAUCGUUGAUUGCUGAAUAUGGAGCAAAGUACAAGAAGAAGGCAUGGUUUUCUAUAGCAAAGGAUUUCUCCGAGGAUAUGAUGGUUGUGUAUGAUUUUGACAAGUUUCCGGCAUUGGUCUCCAUUAACCCAAAAUAUAAUGAGCAGAGUGUAUUCUAUGGCCCAUUUGAAGGAACCUUUCUGGAAGAUUUUAUACGACAAUCCCUACUGCCGUUAACUGUGCCCAUCAACAAAGAGACUCUAAAGUUAUUGAAAGAUGAUGGGAGGAAAGUUGUUCUUACAAUUUUGGAGGAUGAGUCAGAUGAAAAUUCUCCACAAUUGAUAAAAGUGUUGAGGUCUGCAGCCAACGCAAACCAUGAUUUGGUGUUCGGGUAUGUAGGAGUCCAACAGUGGUUGGAAUUCACUGAUACUUUUGAUGUGAAGAGCUCACAGCUGCCAAAGAUUAUGGUCUGGGACACAAAAGAGGAGUACGAAGUGGUUGAGGGUUCAGAGAGGCUUGAAGAAGGUGACUAUGGAUCCCAAGUUAGUCGUUUCCUUGAGGGAUAUAGGGCAGGAAGAACAAUAAAGAAUAAAGUGGGCCGUGGCUCCCCAACACUGCUCGGUCUCAAUGCGAUCUACAUUCUCAUCUUCUUGAUCGCCAUUCUCGGCGCUUUGAUGUAUUUUUCUGGGCAAGGCGAGGAGCAGCAGCGGCCAAGAAGGACCCAUGAAGACUGAAAGUGCCCCGCAAGAUUAAAUUCUAGGUACUGAUCCUGCGGCUGCAGGGUUGUUUUGAGGGGAAACGGCAGAUGAGGAUAAUUUCCUGAUUUUUCAUCUAACGUGCCUUGAGGAGGCUCAAUUUCAGAUGUUGCUUGUCAGGUUGUGAGUUCCCUGUAUUUCUAUUGAGCCCUAGAAGUUUUUUUUGGACUUGCUCUUGAGAAUCGGGUUUCGUUACCAUCUGUUACAACCUACUAAGUAGAAUGCUCGGUUCCUGUAAUUAUUUGGCACCUGUACGUGUGUCUGUUGUAUUUGAGACCUCAAAACGACUUACAGAGAUUGAACAUUUUAUCUGUAAAACGACUUCCAGAGAUUGAACACCUUUAUCUGUAAA